GACAUAUACUUACACGAUGCGUCCAAGUAAUGUGGUGGAAUGUUUAAAACACCUGAUUAUUCACACAUCACCAGUCAAGACUGCCAAUUAGUGUACGAGCCAGCUGAAGAUACCUUUCUUCUCCUGGAUGCAUUGGAAAAGGAAUUCGAAACAUUGCAAAACUUAAGACCUUUAAUAUGUGUAGAAGUUGGUUGUGGAGCUGGAGUUGUGAUUACAUUUUUAGCGUCAUUGCUGAAAUCUGAUACAUUGUGUUUUGGCACUGAUAUCAAUUAUAAUGCAGCUCAACUGAGUCAGAAGACUAGUAAUCAAAAUGGAAUGACAGUAAAUACUAUAGUCUCCGAUUUGGUGAAUGCUUUACAACCAAGACUAAAUGGAUUGAUAGAUGUGUUAAUAUUUAAUCCACCUUAUGUACUAACUCCAUCAGAAGAGGUUGGAAGCAGAGACAUUGUAGCAUCCUGGGCGGGUGGUAUUGAUGGUAGACAAGUUAUAGAUAGAAUCUUACCAAUUAUACCCACUGUUUUAUCACCAAAAGGAGUGUUUUAUCUUUUAAUAUUAAAAGAAAAUAAACAAGAUGAAAUUGAAGAUAUAAUGAACAGUCAUGGUUUUGAAAUGGCUGUAGUUUUACAAAGAAGGACUGGUCCAGAACGGCUCUCUGUGCUGAAAUUUACUAGAAUUGACAUGACGUACGCUUAAUCUGCUUAAUAUAUAAAUUAUAAAUUCAGUCAAAUUUUGUGCUUUCAUUAAGACCAGCAACAGUUGCGUUUUCCUCUUGUUAUAGUGUGUGAUAGCAUGGAAAUGAUGAACAAAAAAAAUUUGGUAUAUCAUUACUACAGUUUGUAUCUUAUUAAUCAAUAAUAAGGAUUCCACAUAUUCAAAUCUAUUUUUUUAUUCUCACUUGUUAGUCACCUUAAUUCAUGGAAUGAUUUCUUAGUUACUGUAUGCAAUUAUUAAAGAACUGUGGUCAUUAUGCCACGUAUGUGUGAGAUAUGGGUGUCAUAUGAACAAAGAUGACAUCUUUGACUGUUGCACAGACCGAG